AUGGACGUCGACGAAGCUCUUGUUGUGAUGUAUUAUUAUUUGAGAAGAAAACGAAGAAAGACAGCCAAGGAAAGAAAAUAUUGGGUGCACCCAAUCCUGAGAGAAAGAUUUAGUUUGGGAACAUUUCAGAAUUUAAUAACAGAAUUGAGGAGUGACGAAAUUAAGUUUUUCAAUUAUUUUAGAAUGUCGAUAACUACAUUCAACCAUCUAUUGGCUCAAAUAUCAGUGAGCAUAAACUACCAAAAUACGAGAUUUAGAGACUGCAUUUGUACUGAAGAAAGGUUGGCGAUAUUUUUAAGAUAUUACGCAUCGGGUUGUUCCUUCAAAGAAUUGCACUAUAGUUACAGAGUUGGUGUGUCAACUAUUAGUAAAAUCUGCAAAGAAAUUAGUUCCACUAUCUGGGAUGUAUUAAGAGACGAGUUCAUGAAAAUUCCUGAUAAUGAGAGUAAAUGGUUGGAAAUUGCCAAAAGUUUUGAUAUGAAAGCCAACUUUCCGCACUGUCUUGGAGCAGUUGAUGCCGUUGUUGAUUCAGAAUAUCGUUUUAUUUUUAUGAGUGUUGGCUCGUAUGGAAAAGAAUGCGAUUCUUCAAUAUUCAAGGAGUCAACUAUAUGGAAGAAACUGAAUGAUGGUAGUUUAAAUAUACCAAAACCAAGGCCUCUACAUGCAACACUUCAAAAUGAUAUGCCUUAUGUUCUCGUGGGCGAUGAGGCUUUCCCUCUGUCAACAAAUUUGUUAAGACCUUUUGGAGGCACUCAUUUAGACCACAUGAAAAAAAUAUUUAACUAUCGUUUAAGUCGGGCAAGAAGGUACGUUGAAUGCGCAUUCGGUAUUUUAGCCAAUAAAUGGAGAAUAUUUCAUCGGCCACUGGAUGUCCACCCAGACACGGCUAUCGAAAUUGUAAAAGCGUGUACAGUAUUACACAAUUUUGUAAGAGAAAAGGACGGUCUGAACUUUGAAGAUAUUCAUUAUACGGCAGAAAAUCCGAUGCAAGAACAAGUACAACUGCAAAACUGUAAUCCACGUGGUGGUCCUAUUGCAAAUGAUAUACGGUCUGAAUUUGCAAACUACUUCGUUUCAACAAUAGGCUCGGUGCCUUGGCAACCAGAAGCGCAUGGUUAAUAUUUAUGUUUUGAAUUUUACGUAUAUUAUUAAAUAAAUAACUUCAAACACUUACCACA